GUUCCUGCUCACCCACCCCUCUUUGGUAGAAGAAAUAGUCUUGGGGCUUGGGGGAGAUUGUUUAGGAGACUUUGGCUUUUGGGAUGUGAUUCCCAGGGGCAGCAAGCAGCAGGGAGAGGUAAGCUGAGAAGGGGAAAGAAACAGCAGAGAGGGGAUGGAACUGCAAUGACCUGGGCAUGGUUACAAAAAGGGAGAGGGAAUGCCAAGUCCCCAGAUCUUGGAGGUGUCUGUGCAGCCUGUCCCAGCAAGAGGGUCCACCCAAGCACCGGACGAGGAGAAGGCGUUAAUGUAAAAGCACACUGGACAAGACAAGAAUUGUGACACCCUUACGCUUUUGUCAAGCAUCUUAAAUCGGGGUCGGAAACCCGUGGCUCUGCAGAUGUAGGGGAACAGCUGUAACUCAGUGGUUAGAGCAUCUGCUUUGCACGCAGAAGGUCCCAGGUUCAAUCCCUGGCAGCAUCUCCAGUGUCUCUUUUAGCUGUCCUUCAGUGUUCUCUGGUUUCCAUGACAGCUGCAGUUAGCAUACAGCCGCCAUCAGGUCCACUACAGAGGCUUAUCCAAGAGUCAGCAGAUGCCACCAGGAUCUGUUGAGGACGCGGCAAUUGAGUACCUCAAGUCAAUGCAGGAUUCCUCAGACCCUUUGAAGGGCCAAAGUUCUCUGGAAGUGAAGGAGGAGGGUCACAAGGAGGCCAGCUUGCUGGUAGGCAGUGAUCAAGUAUGGCUGAGUGCAAAGGAGGCUUUUCCUCUGGAAAGACUUCAGCAAGUUGGAAUAUCCUUGGAAAGAACAAAGGGGAUGCUUUUCCAGAGUCCUGAGGCAGAAGAGAUCUCUGCAAUUCAAGAAUUCCAGUGGAAAAACAAUCAAUGGAUUAGGCCAGAAGACAACUUACUUUAUGAGAAAGGUGAUAGUGACUCAUGUAAAGGAAGUUUCCAAGAUAAACCCUGGAGGCAAGAGGCAAUGCAGAUGGGCUCAGAACGUGGAAAAAACUACCGUCAGGACUCUGGCCUUCCCAAGAAUCAGAAAAUGCAAAAAGGGGAGAAGCUGUACACAUGCACAUACUGUGGGAAAAUUGCUAACAGGAGAGCAGACCUUAUUGUACAUGAGAGAACUCACACUGGAGAGAAACCUUACAAGUGCUCUGAGUGCGGAAAAAGCUUCAAUACCACCUCUUACCUUACAAAACACAAAAGGAUACACACAGGAGAGAAACCGUAUAAAUGUUUGGAGUGCGGGCAAAGCUUUUGUCAGAAAGGGAAUCUGGUUUCACAUGUAAGAAUCCACACAGGGGAAAAACCUUAUAAGUGUGUAGAGUGUGGACAAAACUUCAGUCAAAGGAAAAUCCUUGAUAAACACCAGAGGAUCCACACAGGAGAGAAACCAUAUAAGUGUUUAGACUGUGGGCAAAGCUUUAGUCAGACAUCACAUCUUCUUACACACAGGAGGACACACACAGGAGAAAAACCUCAUAAAUGCUCAGACUGCGAGAAAAGCUUUAAUCAGAAAGGAGACCUUGUUAUACACAAGAGAAAGCAUACUGGCCAAAAGCCAUAUGAAUGCUCAGAAUGUGGGAAAAGUUUUAGCACAAGCUAUCAAUUCAUAAACCAUAAAAGGUUACACACAGGGGAGAAACCUUAUACCUGCUCAGACUGUGGGCAGAGCUUUAAUUGGAAGUCAAACCUUAUUACACACAGGAGAAUCCACACUGGUGAAAAGCCAUAUGAAUGUUCCAUCUGUAGGAAAGGUUUUAGUGAUAAAUCCUCCCUCACUAAACACUUGAGAACCCAUACAGGCGAGAAACCCUAUAAAUGCUCAGAUUGUGGGCAAAGCUUCAAUUUGAAAUCAAACCUUAUCACACACCAGAGAACCCAUACUGGAGAGAAACCGUAUUCAUGCCCUGAGUGUGGGAAAAGCUUAAGUCACAGAUCCUCCCUUACUAAGCACAUGAGAACCCAUACAGGAGAGAAGCCUUAUGGGUGCUACCAGUGUGGGAAAAGCUUUAUUUCUAGCUCUGACUGUAGAAAACACGAAAGGGUGCAUACACAUGAGAAACCAUACAAACGCGGGAGGAAAUGUCCACUAAUCCCUCUGUUUCCAUAAACAGAAAACCUACAUGUGAAUAUGACAUUUAGGAUGUUCAUGCAGAAAACAGUUUGGCAUGAAAAUGUCAUAAGAAUUAAGACAGUGGGAAGAGAUUUAGAUACCAAAUUUAAAACCAAAUGAGUGAAACUACACAGAUUUGUUUUUCCUUGGCAAAACCUCAGGUUGAAAUUAUCAUUUGCAGUUGAAAAAUUCACAUCUAAGGUAGAUUCUUGAAACAGCUUGAUGGAAGUUAAAUCGUUGCUAGCUUCCACCAUAUAAAUAAUCAGAUAAUCUGGUUUGGUUGCUGAAAAUCACUGGAGGUUGGUCCAUUAGAGCCAAUGGGGCACUGCCCCACCAACCUCAGCCUACCCUCAAGCCCACUGGCCUGCUUUCUUACAUAUACCCAGUCCAGGAGGAUAUCAAGAACUCGGUAGGGAAAAGAACAGGGACAAAACCAAUAUUAGUUGGCUCCAUCUCUCUUUGGCUGUGGAUCGAUCUACUGUUGGCCUCCUUGCCUUGCCCUAGCCCUAUCAGUCCCACUGCUGAAAAUAUGGUUGCUGAACAUGGUCCAUAUUUUUUAUUUAUAUAUCCUAGAAAAGAUCCUCCGUGGCGCAGAGUAGUAAGCGGCGGUAACGCAGCCGAAGCUCUGCUCGCGGCCGGAGUUCGAUUCCAACGGAAGGAGGAAGUCGAAUCUCCAGUAAAAGAGGUCGAGGUCCACUCAGCCUUCCAUCCAUCCAUGGUUGGUAAAAUGAGUACCUGGCAUAUGCUGGGGGGUAAUGAAAGGCCGGGGAAGGAACUGGCAAUCCCACCCCAUAUAUAUGGUCUGCCUAGUAAACGUCGCAAGACAUCACCCUAAGAGUAGGAAACGACUCGCGCUAGAAGUGUGGGGACACUUUUACCUUAUCCUAGAAAAAUGUGAUGGACCCCGGGCCUGAGCAUCCACAAGUUUGAUGCUUGCCCCUUAGGAGUUCCAAAUAUUUAUUCAAGUCUUUUUCAGGGCUAGUUCCUAUAAAAAAGAAGAAAAAUUGCUGCUGAUACAAAAGAACUUGAAAUAUUUUGUGUGCAGCUACUAUGAAUGCAGCUACUAAAAUCUAUUUCAUUAGGGUGAUUUUGAGUUUGUCUUUUUAAAAAAUGAUGUUUCAUACACUUGUUCCAUAUUAAUUUCUUUUCAGCCACUGUUAGCCCUGCCUGGAGGUGAUGAGAUGGGUUGACUGGAAACUAAGUGUAUAAAUUCAUACACACUUCAGACUCCAAU